GAAAGGGCUGCUAAAAGAGCAAGCGAUGAGAUCAGCCGAAGCAUUCCCGAAUCUUGAGCAGCUCGAGAUUCAAAACUGCGCUUCGUUGAUACUCCCACCACUCUCAUCAUCGUCUCUUAAUAAGAAGUUGAAGAGAUUGUGUUGCAGUAGCACAAAUAUGGCAUCGUUGUCUAAGGUGGACCUGGACGCACUUUCUGACCUCUCCAUGGAGAUCGACAAGAAUAUGACACGUACCGCAGUUGAGACGCUGCGGAGCGUCCAUAACAUCGUGUCUUCGUGGUGUAUAUACGAAGCAGACGAGGGCUCUCUGCCAGAAGAGGCGCUGCGAGGCUUGAAUUUUGUUAAGCAUUUGGAGAUAGCGAGUUGUGAUACGGUGACGUGUUUGCCUCAAGGGUGGUUGAGACACCUCACUGCCCUGGAGGAAUUGCAUAUAACAAGCUGCUCGGAAAUCGUAGAGGUGCCGGAGGGGAUUGAAUACCUCAACACCUGCCUUAAAAAGUUGUUCCUAUGUGGCCUCCCGAAGAUGGUGUCUCUACCGAGAGCCUUGCGACACCUCUCUUCGCUGCAUUGCAUGUAUUUGAUCGGCCUUCCCCAGCUGAAUUUGCUGCCCGAGUGGUUCGACAAAUUGACUUCUCUUCAAGUUCUGUAUAUUUCUGAGUGCCCGAAGUUAGCAUCGCUUCCAGCCAAUAUCCGAGGAAUGACGAAUCUUCGGUGUCUGUUUGUCGAUAAAUGCCCGGAAUUGGAAAGGAGAUGUGAGCGGGGAAAGGGGGAGGACUGGCACAAGAUUGCACAUAUUCCAAGACUCAACAUCGGUAAAUGGCUUUGCUAAUCGGCGGCAGCUGUUUCAGUUUC